AUGUCCCGCCUGCUGCAUGCAGAAGAGUGGGCUGAGGUAAAAGAGUUGGGGGACCACCAUCGCCAUCCCCAGCCGCACCACAUCCCGCAGCUGACGCCACAGCCACCUGCUACCCUGCAGGCGAGAGACCAUCCUGUCUACCCGGCAGAACUGUCCCUCCUGGACAGCACCGACCCACGCGCCUGGCUGACUCCCACUUUGCAGGGCCUCUGCACCGCACGCGCCGCCCAGUAUCUGCUGCAUUCUCCCGAGCUGGGUGCCUCCGAGGCCGCGGCGCCCCGGGACGAGGCUGAUGGCCAGGGUGAGCUGGUAAGGAGGAGCGGCUGCGGUGGCCUCAGCAAGAGCCCCGGGCCCGUGAAAGUGCGGGAACAGCUGUGCAAGCUGAAGGGCGGGGUUGUAGUGGACGAGCUGGGCUGCAGCCGCCAGCGAGCCCCUUCCAGCAAACAGGUGAAUGGGGUACAGAAGCAAAGGCGGCUGGCAGCAAACGCAAGGGAGCGGCGCAGGAUGCAUGGGCUGAACCACGCCUUCGACCAGCUGCGCAACGUUAUCCCGUCCUUCAACAACGACAAGAAGCUGUCCAAAUAUGAGACCCUGCAGAUGGCUCAGAUCUACAUCAACGCUCUGUCGGAGUUGUUGCAGACUCCCAGUGUCGGAGAGCAGCCACCGCCGCAGGCAGCCUCCUGCAAAAAUGACCACCACCACCUUCGCGCCUCCUCCUCCUAUGAAGGAGGUGCGGGCGCCUCUGGGGUAGCUGGGGCUCAGCCAGCCCCGGGAGGGGGCCCGAGACCUACCCCGCCCGGGGCUUGCCGGACUCGCUUCUCUGCCCCAGCUUCCUCUGGGGGUUACUCGGUGCAGCUGGACGCUUUGCACUUCCCAGCUUUUGAGGACCGGGCCCUAACAGCGAUGAUGGCACAGAAGGACCUGUCACCUUCGCUGCCCGGGGGCAUCCUGCAGCCAGUACAGGAGGACACCAGCAAAACAUCUCCCAGGUCCCACAGAAGUGACGGAGAGUUUUCUCCCCACUCUCAUUACAGUGACUCUGAUGAGGCCAGUUAG